AUGCUGAAUAUCUUUAGAAUUCUGGGUGAUCUUUCUCAUCUAGCCAGUAUAUUAAUUUUAAUUCAAACCAUUCAAAAAACUGGCUCAAUUGAUGGUAUAUCAUUUAAGACACAAGUUCUAUAUGCGUUGGUAUUUCUUACACGUUAUUUGGAUUUAUUAACCUUCCACUGGGUUUCUUUCUAUAACACAUUGAUGAAGAUUUUCUUCAUCUGUUCUUCUUGUUACAUUGUUGUACUUUUACAAAGCUACAAAAAGAAGAACCCUGUUGCCUAUAAAGAAAUGGUUAUUGCUGAUACUUUCAAGAUCCAAUACCUAUUAGGUGGAAGUCUAUUAAUGGCUUUUUUCUUUCAUCAUAAAUUUUCGCUAAUUGAGAUUCUUUGGAGUUUUUCAGUAUGGCUAGAAAGUUGUGCCAUUUUACCACAAUUAUUUAUCCUAUCGAAGAGUGGUAAAGCUCAAAGUUUAACCGUCCACUAUAUCUUUGCAUUAGGAUUGUAUAGGACUCUAUAUGUUCCUAAUUGGAUUUGGAGAUACUAUUCUGAGGGAAGAAUAGAUAAAUUGGCACUUAUCGCUGGCUUAGUUCAAACUUUAGUGUAUUCCGAUUUCUUUUACAUUUAUUAUAAGAAAGUUAUUAAAGGAUUCGGGGCUGCUUUACCACACUACAAGUGA